AUGCAUUUAGUCAAAUAUCUCUUCAUUUAUUUUUUCAUCUGUCUGUGUAAAUUAUCAGCUGAUAAAAACAAUAAUUUCAAUCCAUAUGAAGUUCUUGGUUUACCUCGUACAGCAUCAGAUAAAGAUAUUCGGCAAGCUUACAAGAAAUUAGCCAAACAUUGGCAUCCCGAUAAAAAUUCCGAACCUAACGCUCAUGAUCAAUUUACAAAAAUCAAUGCAGCUUAUGAAAUACUUUCGGACUCAACUAAACGGCAGAGUUAUGACGAAUAUGGUACCACUUCACAAGACAAUCAUCGCGGCUUUAAUACAAAUCAUUUUCGUGAUCCAUACGAUGUAUUUCGCGCACAUUUCAGUGAUUUUCAUUUUUUUCAAGAAGUGCCAUCAGGUGCGAAAAAGAUUAUUCAUACACGUGAAUUUUUGAGCAAUAUUUUCCCAAAUAGUGAUAAGAAACCAUAUGUGCUUUUUGGUAGUACAACAUUUUGUUUACAUUGUCGUCAACCUUUAAUGAUAUUUCGUUCUCUGGAAAAACAAUUCAAUGACGUCGGAAUCGGCACAGCAGAAUUCAAUGUUAAUGAUCAACGUUUAAGUAAUGAAUUAGGCAUCUUCAACAGUCCAUCUUUAUGUGUAAUUAGUCAACGACGUGUCUAUCACUUUAAUGAUCAUGGUCGAUCGAGUCAUUAUACAGAGAGCAACAUUAAAGAAUUCGUCCGGAAAUCUAUGCCGAUCAAACGUCACAUACGCAUGUUAGAAACUGCUGAUGAUAUCGUAUCGUUAAUAUCAUCUUACAAUCAAACAAAUCGAGUUCAUGCGAUUUUAAUCACACGGCAGAAAACACCAACAUUAAAAUUUGUUGUACCUUGUUUGCAGAAUAUCUUAGGAAUUCAGUGUGCUGUAUUCAAUUCAUCUGUGAUAUUGACUAGUCAAUUACCAUCGUUUCUUAGACCAAUUUCAACGACGUCUGAUACAGUUCUAUUGUUUAAAGAAGAGAAAACUCCCGUUGCGGUGAUCAAAGAAAAUGAUUUAACUUUUUCAAAUAUUCAAAAAUUAUUCGAAUCAAAUCAACUCCUUCACUUACCAACCAUAACAAAUACGAAUGUAUUCAAUUUAGUAUGCCAAGCUAAUUCAGCGAAGUUAUGUUUUCUAAUCAUUGGUGAUCCGUUACUAUUCGAAGAGUAUCGUUCGUCGUUUCUAUUCCUUGCCAAGCAAAUUUUUCAACAAUAUGGCACACGUAUGGCCUAUCUUGACACAUCGCCGAACAAACAAAUAGCUUUUAGCAAAAUUUUCUCAUCGAUUUAUCGCGCCGAUGAGAAAAAGCUUUUUAUCAUUGCCGUUCGUCGAUGGCUUGACGAUAUAAUUGAAUUAGUGAAUACUGAAAUCGAAUUUGAUUCGAAAUCUCUGAGUGAACUGAAGCGUAAUCAUUUCAAUAUUGCUGCUGAUAUUGAAGCAAAUCUAAAGCUAUUCUUAACAACACGUUGGCAAAACGCCAAGAAACAUUCACUACCACCGAUAUUCAACCUAGACCAACAAAACGAAAAUUUCGUAACAAAAUUGAUCAAUCAAAUUCAAGACAAAUGGAACUAUUGGUUCGAGAGAAGUCCAAUUCUUCGCUCACUGUCAGGAUAUGUUCUAACAUAUCAAUUUUGGUUAAUGCUUACGCCGAUCAUUGGAUUUUUGUGGUAUUCAAAACACAAUUCAGAUACAAAUUCAACUCGUACUAAUAUAAAACAACCUCGAAGAUCAUUUGCAUCUUCCCCGUCCCGAAAAUCGAAUGAUUUAAAUCGAGCACAUAUCAAUGCAAUCAAAUGCUCGGAAUUUGAUGAAAGUUUCCUUCAAUCCUACUUAGCUCCUGGUGCGCCAAAUGUUAUUGUUUUACUUUUAAUUGCUGAUUCAACAGACGAUUCAUGCAUUGCUCAUUUUAACAGACAAAUUAAUUCAAUUAAUGAUUCUCGAAUGAUCUUUGCUGUUCUAUAUCGCGAUCGUUCACCGAAAUGGCUCAAGGAACUGUCGAGUAAUAUUGAAGACGAACCAAAGCGUCAAAUUGUUCAGUUCAUUUCAUCAACUGUAUUAGCUUUGUAUAUACGACGGAAGUUCUUUGUUCCUUAUUGGUCAUUAUCGAAUAAUAAUGCGGAAGAUCCAGAUGAAUCUGGUGCUUUCCUUGGAUUAGAUAGUCACAUUCAUCAUCCUCAUCAGCUUCGUAAUCGUUCAUCGUCAACAUCAUCGGCAGAUUCAGCAGCAACAACAACGGAUUCAUUAUCAUUUUCUGAUUGGAUUGAUCUUCUAUUCGAUGGCAACAUUAGAAGACCUAUAUCUGUCGUAGAUUGGCCGAUGAUAUUUCGUUGA